GUGCGAUCGUCAGUUCUUUGUGCCGCGUUAUAUUCAUCAAAACACGAGAGGUCAUCAACUUUGAACGAAGAGACGCGAAAUUAUUCAGAAAAGUCGCUCGACGAGUAAUUAAAAGCAUUCCAAACAGCCACUUGCAUACUUAAUUGUAUGAUAUUAUCGAUAUCAUAUGUCAAUCCACGGCAAACAAGCUACGAUUCAGGAAUCAUUAAAGUGUUGCAUCAGAUCAGCUAAUAGAAGAACAUCUUUAUCUUGCUGCGCAAUAUCUUCCGGAGCAAAAACCUCUGCCUAGGAAAUCGCAGAAUAUUAAGUUUCAGUUUCUAAAUUUGUCGAAGGAUAAAAUCAAACAGCAAAGGAUUUUAAUUUCUUCCCUUAAAUUGUUCAAUAAGUGAUUCGAGAAGUCUAAAAAGCAAGGUACUAAUUGCUUCAAGGCAGCCUUGGCUGCAGAUAAUCGUUGAAGGAUGAGAGAAUUGUGGAUGAUCAUGUUUAUCCUGACGAUCGUAGCUAUUCGUUCGCCAGUAGAGGGAAAGAUAUUCACAGAAUGUGAAGUCGUAAAGGAGCUGGAGCGAGCUAAAAUCAGUAAAAGCUUCAUCAGCAAUUGGGUCUGCCUGAUGCGAAGCGAAAGUGGCCUGAAUUCGGCGCUAAUGACUGGUCCAAAGACAGCAUCCAGCUAUUCCUUCGGUAUCCUUCAAAUCAACAGCGCUAAGUGGUGCACGAGAGGACGUAAAGGUGGCAUCUGUUUCAAGCGGUGCGAGGACUUUCUCAAUGACGAUAUUCAGGACGACAUCGCGUGCGGAAAAAAGAUUUUCGAUCAGGAAGGAUUUAAAUCAUGGGAAGGAUGGACGAAGAAGUGCAAAAAUAAGCCGCUACCCAGCAUUGCGCACUGCAAACGAAGAAGAAGAAUGGUGGCCCCAGUCGAAGUAAUUGAUCCUGCGACAGUAUGAGAUUGCAAGAAUUUGUUUAAUACACUCAUUACAUUAAGCUCAAUUUUGCAACUCAGGAAUUUUAUUUAAUGGCAUGUCUUCUUCGUGCAAUGCAUUGAGCGAACAAAGUUUACCAGCACGCUUUAUAAAUAUGAAUCUAAUCCGAUUGGAUCUGGGCCAGUUAUGACGCAAAAGUUCACGUGGUUGUCUUAAGCUCACUCUUGCACGCGACUUGGCAAACGGCGACACAAGAAAUACGAAAUAGUUUCGAAAUUCUAGUUACUAGAAUCACAAAAACAUACGUGACGAGACUUCGCCGAUGUCUUCCCGAUUUGGUCUCUUUUUACUCAUGCUGCGUGUAUGACAUUUUGAAGAAUCGUCUCGCAAAACCGCGCGUUUUAAAAUUCAAAAAUAAAAAGAGGACAAGCAAAUUGUAAAAUACAAGCAAUUGUAAAAUACACACUAUAAUGUCUCUAUAUUUGAAGAAAGAAACAGGUCUUUAGGAAUCUCUCUACAGGAAAGAAUAUUUUAAGCAGCAGUAAUUUUUGUAGUCAUAAAAAUUAGUUAUAGUUGAAUAACGUGAAUGUUGGAUCAAAUCUUAAAUGCAACGCAAAGUGUCUAAAAAAAUAUUGUAAAGAGAUUUAAAAGAAAAAGCAUCCAGAUAUUUUUAGGAUACUUUGUGUAAAUAACUUUUAUAUAGUUUUAUUUUUCUGAUAUUUGAUAAAUAUAAUAAAAAUUCUAUUUAAUAAAUUUUGUGUGAUAUCUUAUAUAAUAUUAAACUUAUGUUAAUAACAUUUAUAACAUUUAAUUAAUAUUAUAUAAAGUCAGUGAUAUUUUAAUGUAUAAGAGAAAAUAAGUAACAGUUAUUAAUUGAUUAUUCAUUGUCCUGUAAAUUGUUACAAAAGAUAAAUUGCAUUUAAUUUUUUAUAUAAUAAUGUAUAUAAAUAUUAUAUAUAAAUUACAUAUAAAUUACAUAUAAAUUAUAUAUAAAUUAUAUAUAUAUAUAUAUAUAUAUAUAUAUAUAUAUAUAAAUUAUAUAUACAAAUUAAAUAUACAAAUUAUAUUAAAUUAUAUGUAAUAUUAUAUAUAAAUUAUAUAUAAAUAUUUCAAAGGUUUAGAAUUUUUAAAAAAACAUCUCGAAACAUCUCUGCAAAAUAUUUUAAGUCAAAUAAAUCAUUAAAAAUUAGAUUUAAAAAAUUAAAUUAGUGCUUACUUAAAAAAAACAAAAAAUUUCUUUGUUACAUAAAUUUGCCCCACAAAUACAAUUGAGCAAAUAUAAAAAAAAAUGAUUCUGAUAAUUCGGAUACCAGCUUUGUAUAACAGAAGUCUCAAGCGAUUAAUCAAUCCAACAACUGUAUCAACAAACAAAAUCUACGGGUACAAUCGGAAUAUCAUCAUAACACAACUGCUUAUAGAUUUGCAUUAAGGAGAGAAGCGAUAGUAAUCUUCAAGGCUAAGAGAUAUGAAGAUUGACGAAUAAUUUAUAUGUUUACAUAAUGCGGUGUCGCGUGUUUCUUUAAUUCAUGUUCUCUUCCGAAUUUAAUAUCAAGGUCUUUGGCAAAUUUCGAUUUCUUGGUUCGUGUAGAAUUGAUGUUACAUGUCCGUGAUAUUUUAGUUUAUUUCAAUCUAUGCGAAGUAAAUUCAAUACUUUAUAAUAAUUAUAUAUAUAUAUAUAUAUAUAUAUAUAUAUAUAUAUAUAUUAUACAUUAGUAAAAAUACUCUGUUUUGUAAAAUAUUGAGAUAAAUAAAAUGAUAAUCAAACAAAUAA